GGAUAAACCUAUAAAUCCGACCAAAUAGGUAUGAUUACAUAAGCCUCCAGGGUGGGCUUGGCAUCGCGACGAAUUUGAUGCUCCAUUUGAUUCCCUACAGAACGGUGGCAUAUUUAUCUCGCGAGGGUCAAUUCCGAUUCAUUACACGAGGCGGCUUGUGCUUUGGAUUCUUUUCGAUCCUGGGUGUAAAUCAUCAUCCCCACCGUCUUCCGAAGCAGGCUAUCCGAGCAUAUUGAGCUUGAUAUCAGAGUCCGCGGGGCUCUCCCACCGUCAAGAUGGUGAAUAUCACAGAUAAAAUCAAAGAAAUCGAAGAUGAGAUGCGCAGGACGCAGAAGAACAAGGCCACAGAGUACCAUCUUGGUCUUCUCAAGGGAAAGCUGGCCCGGUUAAGAGCCCAAUUGCUGGAACCCACCGGUGGCUCUGGCGGCGCUGGUGUAGGUUUCGACGUCAGCAAGAGCGGCGAUGCCCGUGUAGCACUCGUUGGUUUCCCCUCUGUGGGUAAAUCAACCUUUCUGAGCAAGAUCACUAAAACGAAGAGUGAAGCUGCAGCGUAUUCUUUCACUACACUGACUGCUAUUCCCGGUGUGCUGGAGUACGGAGGCGCUGAAAUCCAGGUUCUCGAUCUCCCGGGUAUCAUUGAAGGUGCCGCUGAGGGCAAGGGACGAGGUCGACAGGUUAUUUCCGCUGCGAAGACAAGCGACUUAAUUCUAAUGGUCCUUGACGCCACGAAAAAGGCAGAGCAACGAGCCCUACUAGAGGCGGAAUUGGAUGCUGUUGGCAUCCGACUGAACAAGGAGCCUCCAAACAUCUACCUCAAAGCCAAAAAAGCAGGCGGCAUGAAAAUCACCUUCCAAACACCCCCCAAAUACCUAGACGAAAAGAUGAUCUAUAAUGUCCUCCGAGACUACAAAAUGCUCAACUGCGAAGUCCUCGUCCGAGACGAAUACGCUACAAUCGACGAUUUCAUCGACGUCAUCAUGAAAGACCACAGAAAAUACAUCCCCUGUCUCUACGUAUACAACAAAAUCGACAGCGUCAGCGUCGAAUUCCUAGACCAACUCGCCCGCGAGCCGCACACAGCCGUCAUGAGCUGCGAACUCGACCUCGCUGUCAAAGAAGUCGUGGACCGCAUUUGGAAGGAACUACGAUUGAUCCGGAUAUAUACGAAACGUAGGAAAGGAGUGGAACCUGAUUUCUCCGAGGCUCUGAUUGUGCGAAGCAACUCUACGAUUGAAGAUGUCUGUGAUCAGGUCCAUCGCACGCUGAAGGAGACGUUCAAGUAUGCGUUGGUGUGGGGUGCGAGUGCGAGGCAUAUCCCGCAGCGUGUGGGAUUGGCUCAUGUCGUUUCCGAUGAGGAUGUGGUUUCGAUUAUUGCAAAAUAG